UGUGACCUGCAGCAGGCAAAGAACAGCUCCUUCUUUUGCUGCACAUGUAACCGACUUGACCUCCGGCUGUGGUACAAUUAAUGUACUGGUUUUCGCUCCAGUUCUCAUAUUCGCUAAUAGUAGUGUCAGAAUAGAAAGAGCAGUUACUAGUUUUACACACAGCACAGGCAGUAGGUGAAUUAUCAUUCCUCUGUGUUGGGGUAAAUAAGUGUAAGGGUGAUGGCUGCGGUGUCGGUUCUGUCUCCAGACUCUGGGCCUGCGGAAACACGGCCACCUCAAGACGACAUCGAAGGAGACGACGAUGAUGACCUGGAUGAAACCUUGCUGGAGAGGCUGUGGGGAUUAACGGAGAUGUUCCCUGACACACUGCGCUCAGCAGCAGAAGUAUCGGCACACUGCUCGCUGGCCCUUGCGAAAAGAGUUUACAGCUUUUCCCGCACUGCACUGUGGAUCGGCACCACUUCAUUUAUGAUCCUGGUUCUUCCAGUCGUGUUUGAAACAGAGAGACUACAGCUCGAACAACAACAGCUGCAACAACAGAGACAGAUCCUGUUGGGGCCAAAUGCUGGAAUAUCUGGUGUAAUACCUGGAAUGGCACCCGUUGCUCCUGGAAAGGUAUAAAGAAAUGGCUCAUACUCCAUCCUUAAGCUGCAGUUCACAGAGGAUCUGGAAAUGAGUCAUCUAGUCAUCUGAAAAGAGAGGAAUAAGAUGGCUUCAUUCAUGGAAUCUGUCAUCCAAUGUUUUGCUUUUUUUUCUUUACAUUUGUCUUUCUGAAGAGAAACCAUUGACUUUAGUACUCCAGUGAUGUAAUAAGAUGUGUGUAUGUAUGUAUGAUUAUAUAUAUAUAUAUAUAUAUAUAUAUAUAUAUAUAUAUAUAUAUAUAUAUAUAUAUAACACCAUGUUUGUUUGAACAUGCACUAGUCAGAGACAACAACAUAUUUGAGAGUUAAUUAUGAAAGCUUUCUUAAUGGAUUACUAAGACCAGUCAAAUGCUUUGCUCAUUCAGAAAGACAACAGGAUUUUGGUUGUCUGUAAUUUUUUUUAUUAUGAAUGUUUAAGCCUCGUAAAGUUACAAGUUAUGAUCAGAAUUCUUUACAAGUGAGUUUUAAUUCAUGACACUUUUGUGGAAGCAAUGACAAAAACAGUACAUGAUAAAUGAUAACAGAUUAUGUUGUAUAUUCUUUAGUCACAGUGUCAACUACUUGCUUUUAGCUGCUUUCCCAUAAGAAAUACAAGAAGUUAUAAACAGAGAAAGUCCUAAAUGAUGUAAAGGCAUCAUAAAAUUCUUCACUCAAGAUGAUUAUUGCAUUUUACAGAAUAUCAUCUGUAACACUUUCAUAGAAAUCUUUCAUCUCUGCUCCUCCAAAAAGUCUUCAGAAAAUCUUUGUAUAUUUAACAUGUCUUCAGAAAUUAAACAAAAAAAAACUGCA